AUGGGUGCCGCGCGCGCACGGCGCUGGAAGCUGCUGUCCUUCCACUCCAAGCCGCCGCCGCCGCCGCCGCCGCCGCCACCGCCACCUCCAGCUCCAGCUCUGUCCCUGCCGGGCAAGGAGGAGGAAGAGGAGGACGUGCCGCGGGAGUUCCUGUGCCCCAUCCUUGGCGCGCCCAUGGCCGACCCGGUGAUCCUGUCGUCGGGGCGGACGUACGAGCGGGCCUGCGUCCGAGCCUGCGCCGAGCUCUCGGUCUCUCCGCCUGGCGCCGAGGGCGAGCCGCCCUCGCCGGGCGGGAUUGUCAUACCCAACGACGCGCUCAGGGCGGCCAUCCGGACUUGGCGCGCGCGCUCUGGCCGCGCCCCUCCCGCAGCCCCUUCCGCCGCGGCGGCAAGGGAGGCCGUGCUCCGGACGGUGCCAACGCCACGGCCACCAGGGAGGUCUUCUUCUAACCUGUCCUGCUCAUCCAGGGCGUCCGCUGCGUCGACGUGGUCGUCGUCGUCACGGUCGUCAUCAGAUAUAACAGCGGUCGAGCUGGACACGGUGCGCGCGAAGGAGGUGGCGAAAGAACCGGAGGGGGAAGUGGGCGAAGCGGCAGCGAAGGCUGCGGAGUCCGGGGAGGAGUGGGAGGUGGAGGCUGCGAUGGCGGCGCUGCGGCAGGCGACGCGGGAGAGCGCGCCGAGGAGGCGGGCGCUGUGCGUGCCGCGGCUGCUCGCCGCGCUCCGUCGCCUGCUGCUGUCCGCGCGUCACUCCAACGCGGCGCGCGCGGACGCCGCCGCUGCUCUGGCCAACCUCUGCCUCGAGCCGGAGAACAGGGUGUCCAUCGUCCGCGCGGGCGCCGUGCCGGCGCUCAUCGAGGUGGUCGGCUCGGGCGCUGGCGCCUCGGACGCGUGCGAGCACGCGGCCGGCGCUCUCUUCGGCCUCGCCCUCCACGAGGGCAACCGCGCCGCCAUCGGCGUGCUCGGCGCCGUGCCGCCUCUUCUCGCACUGCUUACCACCGGCGGCCACGCCCCGAGAGCGCGCCGCGACGCCGGGAUGGCGCUGUACCACCUCUCCCUCGCCGCCGUUAACCAGUCUAAGCUCGCGCGCGCACCGGGAGCCGCCAAGAACCUGCUCUCCAUCGCGUCCGAUUCCACCGGGCUGUUGCCCGUCCGCAGGCUGGCCCUCAUGGUGAUCUGCAACGUUGCCGCCUGCGUCGAGGGGCGGACAGCGCUCAUGGACGCCGGCGCCGUGGCGACGUUUUCCGCCAUUCUUUCCGACGACCCUCACAGGUCGGAGCUCGAUGAAUGGUGCGUCGCGGCGCUGUACGACAUGAGCAUGGGGAGCCCACGGUUCCGGGGGCUCGCCAGAGCGGCCGGCGCCGACCGGCCCCUCAUCCUCAUCGCCGAGCAGGCGGAGCCCGGCGCCCACAAGGACAUGGCGCGGAAGGCGCUGCGCGCGAUGCUCGGCCUGGGCGACAUCAACGGCGGAGGCCUUCAUGACUUCAGUAACAGCGAGCGCAACGACGACGACAGCGGCACCAUGGCGUCGUCCGCGCCGGUCCGCCGCCGGCGCGCCGCGAGCUGGGGAGCUCCUCCUGCCUCGAAGCUACAGAAUUCACACCACUGGCGAUCAGUAUGCAUCGAUUGAUUUACCAUCUUGAGCCGGAUGCUGGUGCAUUGUUGUCAUUGCAGUGCUUCUUUUUACUCAUGUUUGCUGUGUCAUUUUGGAUUGGAUGGUGAAGCUACAAACAGUUGUGCGGUUGGAUCUGAUUUUGCUCUUAUUGUUAUGACCGCAAAAGUGUAUAUAAGUGCCAAUGCUCUGUUGGAUCUUC